AUGGCCGCGCCAGCCGCUGAUUCCUCCUCGGGAGGGCCCGUCGCUCUCCAGCCGGCGGGAGAUGCCGGCCGGCCGCCGCUGCAUAUGGCGGCGCUGGUGUUGGCUCGCGGCGGCAGCAAAGGAAUCCCGCUGAAGAACAUUAAGCUCCUGGCCGGGGUCCCGCUGAUUGGUUGGGUGCUGAGGGCAGCCCUCGACUCCGGCGUCUUUCAGAGCGUGUGGGUUUCCACAGACCACGACGAAAUCGAGAAAGUGGCCAAGCAGUUUGGGGCAAAAGUCCACCGGAGAAGCUCUGAAGUGUCAAAAGACUCCUCUACCUCCCUAGAUGCCAUCGUGGAGUUCCUCCAGUAUCACGAUGAGGUUGAUGUCAUAGGAAAUAUCCAAGCAACUUCCCCUUGUUUACAUCCCACUGAUCUUACCAGGGUUGCCAAAAUGAUCCGCGAGGAUGGCUUUGAUUCCGUGUUCUCUGUCGUCAGGCGGCAUCAGUUUCGGUGGAGCGAAAUAAAAAAAGGAGUAAGUGAAGUGACCGUACCUCAAAAUCUGAAUCCGGCCAAGCGCCCCCGCCGGCAGGACUGGGACGGAGAGCUCUAUGAAAACGGGUCUUUCUACUUUGCCAAAAGGCCCCUGAUCGAAAAGGGGUAUUUGCAGGGUGGGAAAAUGGCUUAUUACGAAAUGCGUGCCGAGCAUAGCGUGGAUAUAGAUGUUGACAUUGACUGGCCCAUUGCAGAACAAAGAGUCCUGCGGUACGGCUACUUCGGUAAAGAGGCCUUGAAAGAGGUGAAGCUGCUGGUUUGUACCAUUGACGGAUGCCUCACCACGGGCCACAUCUACGUCUCGGGAGACGAGAAGGAGAUUCUUUCCUACGACGUCAGGGAUGCGACUGGAAUCCGCCUGCUUCAGAAAAGAGGUGUCGAGGUGCGGCUGAUCUCCGAGAGGGACUGCUCAUCGAAGACUCUUUCUGCCAUGAAGUUGGGCUGUGCCGCGGAAAUCAACGUGGCUGACAAGCUGCUGGUCGUAGAGAAAUGGAGGAAGGAAAUGGGGCUUUGCUGGAAGGAAGUGGCCUAUUUAGGAAAUGAGGAAUCGGAUGUGGAGUGCCUGAAGAAAGCUGGCAUGAGCGCCGUCCCCGCCGACGGCUGCCCUGCUGCCCAGAAAGCCACCGGCUACAUCUGCAAAUGCAACGGUGGCCGCGGCGCCAUCCGGGAGUUUGCAGAGCACAUAUUCCUCCUAAUGGAAAAGGUGAAUUCAGCUGGAAAGAAGCUCUGCUGAUGAAAUUCUGAAGCCGCCACCCUUGGGGAAGCAGUCUCCUAAUUCAUUUCUUAUCGUUCACUCACUGUGAUCUUUUUUCUUUUCUUUUUUUUUGACAUUUCAAGAAUCCCAAAGGGCAUUCUCAGGAAAUUGUAAAAGCAUGGAUUUCCAAGCAUUUAAAUCAAAUCGUUAUGUUUCCUGUUGUGGUCCCAUGCUGGCAUAAAAAAAGCCAGCCAAAUCAAGCCAAUAUUGCAAUAUAGCUCAACAUCAUGGGUCUUGCUGGAAUGUUAAAGGUUGCAACAUUCAUGUCUGCCUCUCUCGGGGGGGGGGGGGGCUGGGGUUUUCUUUGGCAAAUGUGAUUCUUGGUGGUUUGGGUGUGUUUUUUGAAGGCAAAUGUAGGAUUUUAUCAGUAUCAAAUGCUAUUGUGCAAGGAACGGAUUUGACAGGAACAAGAAGGGGCCAUUGUUUUCAAAGUUCAGUUCCUUGCAGAUAUAAUAAUAAUAAGUUAUUAUUUAUACCCCGCCCAUCUGGCUGGGUUUCCCGAGCCAUUCUGGGCGGCUCCCAACAGAAUAGGGAGUGGUCUUCUACGUGAGAAAGGGUCUGCGCUCUCCUGUCUAGUAGGAAUACAGGCGUUCCACUGUCCAUCUCUCAAGAAUUGUGCUCCUGCAGCAAGGUUAUGUAUAAGGACUCUCAAGUUUGCAAGAAACUGAAUCCCACCGCUGUUCUGGAUUGUACAGUGGAGGGGCCCAUAAUCCAGGGGUGGCAUGCAUGCUUUAUGUGUGGAAAGUUCCCAGAUUCAAACCCCGGCAUCUCCAGUUAAUAGGAUCAGCCGGGUGGUAAUGUGAAAGGGCCGUAGACGCUUGAUCAAUAAUCCUGGGCUUGAUGGACACAUAAUCUUCCUACAAAGGCAGUGAUAGGCUGCCCUGGUUCCAUUAGUUGCUGCUCAAGAUGCCGUCUGGUUGGCUAUCUGUUUGACUUUUGCAACGGUUCAUAGGCCACGCUACCUUUUGAGUCUGGUCUUAAGGUCUGAUUCUCUUUUUCUCCUCCCAUCCCUCUUCCCUUAUUGGAGAACGUCCCCGUCCCCCGUCCCGCCCGGAGGGUGCAUAUGAUAAUUCUGCCUUCCUUAUAAUCCUUCCUAUAUAUUGAGGGAAGGUGGCUUGCAUGCUGAGGAAAGGCUAGGGUCAACACUUCUCCCCAAAAUGCUGAAUUCUGAAUCGGCAAGGGAUAGGUUGGGUUUUUGUUUGACCAUUCAAACAUUCAGCUCCCUCACCUGCAGCAAGACGUAACACAGUCUGAUAAACGUUUUCCCUCCUGUCCUUUUGGGCUGAGUUUAACUGAAGGAUAAGCUCCCCCUGAAACCACUUAACUGCACAAUGCACAGCACAGUGGGUGCUUCGUUUUAAAGGACAAUAGAGGCAUUUGCUAGCUGCUAUGUACUCGGGGCCAGUAAUCAUAAUCUAGAAGUGCUCUGUUUGUUUGCAAGCACCGCACACAUAGAGACUUGUAUCCACCCUUGCUUAAUGUUGGCUGGGUCACAUUUAUGCAUAGAUCCAGUAUACACUGGAUUAAACCAUGUGCUUUGCAGUCUUCUACCUUCUUCUCAGAUAUCCCUUCCUGGCAAGACUGGAUAUAUGGACCUCUGAAACCAAUUCUAAAAACCUAGGGGUUCUCCAUGUUCAAAACAGGUCACCUCUUCAGAGGAAGAAAACCCCACGCUUGUGAGCAGAAUACCUGAAAAUAAGUUUGGCUAUAUUUAUCUUCUGUUUCCCUCCCCCCCCCAAAAAAAAAA